AUGGCAAGUGGAUACCCUAUUGGUAUAUUCAAGCGCACUACAAUUGAAGACAAGUACAAGUGUAACUACUGUAGACAGAUAUUAAGGCAACCAAUCCAGACAUACUGUGGACAUCGAUUCUGUAAAAAGUGUUUCGAUCUGAUACUUUCAAGGCACACACCACCAAUUUGUAAUGCAUGCAAGGAAGAAGGAAGUCAUUCUGUUCUAAGUACAGAGGAGUGCUAUCAAGAUAAAGCUAUACAACGAGAAUUGAGUAAAUAUGAAGUUCGUUGUCAAAAUGAAGGAUGUAAUUGGACUGGGAUAUUCAAAGAUUACGACGAGACUCAUGUUGAUGAGUGUCCCGCCCAGGUGAUACAUUGUAUAAAGUAUGGAUGUGAGGCACAAGUCAGAAGAGAUGCUCUUGCACAUCAUUUACGUACAGAGUGUGACAUGAGAGUCAUACAGUGUGAUUACUGUGAUGUUCAACUUCCAUAUAAGGAAAUUAAGAUGCAUACUAAAGAAUGUGACAAAGUGCCAUCGGAAUGCCCAAAUUGUCAUAAGCAGAACAUACCACGAGGAGAGCUUAAAUUGCACCUUGAUGCAAAUAAUGGAGACUGUAGCAAGAAAAUAGUUCCAUGUGAGUUCGAGAAAGUUGGAUGCGAAAGAAAGAUGGAGAUUGGGAAAUUAAAAGAACACCAUCACGAAUACACUGUCCAGCAUCUACAACUGUUGUUUCACUACCUGAUACCAUUUCUAGCCAUGGUACAGGACGUUAACGGCAAAUUCGGUAGCGUUAUGAGCAUUAAAAAAACGGUCGAAAAGCAGCAACAAGGAAUUGAGAGUUUGACGACCACCGUACAUGAUCUGGAAACUCAGGUAAAGAAACGCUUGACAGAGUCAGAGAGAACGGCUGAGCAUCCAAAUGGGCUUCUAGUGACAGGACUCAUCCAAGAGCAAGGCAAGAAAAUCGAAGACAUGGGCAACAAGACAAAACUUUUACACAGUAAGGUCACGACAUACGAAGGUAUUGUAGGUGUUUUGAGUAACGAAGUUGAAAAUGAAGCUGAAAAACUGAAAGAAGUAGAAAUGAGUUUGAAAAGAGAAAGAGAACGAUCAGACGCGUUAGAGCGAAAGAUCAAAUCACAAGAUAGAAUUAUUGCAAUGAAAGAUGUAGCACUUGCGGAACAAGAUUUAAGAAUUCAAUCUUUAGAGAUGACGUCUUACGAUGGAGUUUUAGUGUGGAAAAUAACAGAUUCUGCACAAAAACAAUGCGAUGCAGUUUCUCAGAGAACCCUCUCGAUAUACUCCCCUUGCUUCUUUACUAGUCGCCAUGGUUACAAGAUGUGCGCUCGUAUUUACCUUAAUGGGGAUGGCAUGGGAAAGGGUAACCACGUUUCUCUGUUCUUUGUAAUUAUGAGAGGAACUUUUGACGGACUUUUAAGAUGGCCAUUUCGGCAGAAGGUCACGCUAAUGUGGAUAGAUCAAAAUCACCGAGAGCACGUGAUCGAUGCGUUCAGACCUGACCCAACAUCAAACUCAUUUAAACGACCCAGCCAAGAUAUGAAUAUCGCAAGUGGGUGUCCUUUGUUUAUGCCUCUUGCACAAAUUCAUAGUCCACGACAUGCAUACGUCAAAGACGACGUGGCGUACAUCAAGAUCAUUGUUGACAAUAGUGACAUUAAUUAAAAUAUUCUCCAAGUUUCAUUACCAGGUGAACUUCAUAGCCGCAUUCAAAAAACAGAAUAAGUUGUUGUCAUUUAUAUCCACAGAUAUGUAAAUUAAGUCAGGUUGAAUUUAUUUACAUGUGAUUUAUUUGCGUUACUGUUGUUAUGAUAGCGACUUCACGUUCGCGCAUUCGGUUCACACGCUGUUAGACUAUUGUUUAGAAUCAACAACGUGCAUGUUUAGGGUGAAGAUUAUAAACAUAUAAUACAGGAAUUUUAUAAAUGUUUACUUAUUGUAUUUAGU